AUGAAAUUUCAUUGGCUCAUUAUUUUUAUAAUUGCGAAUGAAAUUGAUCCCAAUUAUACCUUCAUUGAUCGUUUAAAAUCCUUAAAAUAUUCUGUUGAAAACUUGGCAAAUUCGUUGAAAAAUGUAAAACCAUUAAACCUUAUAAUGAAAACAUUAAGUUCGAAUCUUACAUCAAGAUUACAAAGAAUACCUCGAUCUCAUACUUUAUCCUUACUUGAAGGUUCAAACGGGAAAUGGACAAAUGAAAAUAUUACUGCCAUUGUAAAACUUCUACAUAAUGAUAGUCUGCAUUGGAGUAAAGAUGAAGUUAUUCAAUUAUUAGAGUUAAUAUCUCAGUCACAUACAUUGGAGUUAUUGAAUUUAUUUCCAGAAAUUUUAAAUGAUUGUUUCCGUAGUGAUCUUACGGAUACUAAAGAGAAAAAAAUAUCAGAAUGUUGCGUAGUUUGGUUUAAUAACUUUAUAGACAAGCUCAACUUAUCAAACGAAAGUGACUUGAUUUUUUCAAUGUUUCAACGUUUAGAACUUGUGCAUCCAUUGCUUAGUCAAAGAAUUAAUAUUUGGCAAAAUUUAUCAGAUAUUGCUAUAGAAAGAACAAAGAAUUGUCAAGAAAAUCAAAUCUUUGAUGCAAUAAACAAAAUGAUGUUAAAAAAUUAUUCUUAG